UGCACACCACAUGGUGUAGCACCGUCACAAAACGACACUACGUUCAUCUUCGUACUUUCUUUCUUGCCUUCAGUCAACAGCUGCUGAUCUAUCUUCCACAUGUGGUUUGUUGUUUAUUAAUAUUACUCUGGCUGGUAUUUAUAAUUUUAGUGAUAAACAAUGGGUAAAAAAGAUAAAAACCAGAAAAAAGGCAAAGGAGCAGAAAAAACAGCAAUGAAGACAGACAAAAAGUUAGCUGCAAAACAAAAAAAACUUAUUUCGAAACUUGGAGAAGAUGAUAUCGAAUCUAUCGUUGCAAAAUACGAAAUAAACGAGAGCAAAUCGGCGAUUGUAGUGGAAUCCAUAUGUCCUCCACCUUCUGCUCGAGUAAACUUCUCUAUAUGUUCCCAUCCAUACAAAGAGGAAUUAUUGCUCUAUGGAGGAGAGCUCUUCAACGGUCAAAAGACAGUAGUUUACGGAGAGUUUUAUUGCUUUAACAUAGAAAAAAAUGAAUGGAAGGAACUCAAAGCUAGUUCCAGUCCUGCUCCUCGAAGUGGUCAUCAAAUGGUAUCUGUUAGCACAGAUGGUGGACAAAUUUGGUUGUUUGGAGGUGAAUAUGCCUCUCCGUCACAACUGCAGUUUUACCACUACAAAGACAUGUGGGUGUUCAGAAUUGCCGAGAAACAGUGGGAAAAAAUAAACGCUCCGAACGGUCCGACCGCUCGAAGUGGACACCGGAUGGUUGCAUCAAAGAAAAACAUUUUCGUAUUUGGGGGGUUUCAUGAUAAUAACAGCUCUUAUAGAUAUUUCAACGAUUUGUAUGCAUUCUCACUGGAAAAUUAUGCUUGGUCGAAAAUAGAAACAAAAGGAGUUCCACCUCCACCGAGAUCUGGCUGUUGUAUGAUAGCCAACCCAGAUGGUAAAAUCACAGUAUGGGGUGGUUAUUCAAAAUCUUCAAUCAAAAAGGAAGUUGAUCGCGGAAUUACUCAUGCUGAUAUGUUUUCUUUAACAGUAGACAAAUCUGAUCCCACGGCAUACAAAUGGACUAGUAUCAAACCUGGUGGCAAAAAACCUCCACCACGAAGUGGAAUGAGCGCUGUAAUGGCAGCGAAUGGUAAAGUAUACGCUUUUGGAGGGGUAAUGGAUACCGAGGAGGACGAAGAAGAUGUACGAGGAACGUUUAGUAACGAACUUCACAUAUUGGAUCCGUCUUCACAUACGUGGAGGAAAGUGGAGCUCACAUCUAAAAAAAAAUUAACUAAACAAACAUCUAACACUGAAUCAACGGCAGCGUCCGAAUCAAAAAUUGACCAAAAAACAGUGGUUCACGAUGACGGUAUAUUCACCACUUCAAUCGGUGGGCCUUCCAACGAUAUGCCUGUCAGUCAAAACGACGUCGAAAUGCUUGAUCUUCCAGGACCUUCGCCUCGAAUGAAUGCAGGCAUGGUUAUAUGUAAAGGCAACCUUUACGUGUAUGGAGGUUUAUAUGAGAGUGGAAGUCGGCAGUACACUUUGAGCGACUUUUAUUUCUUGGAUAUCCACAAGUUAGACCAAUGGAAAACUUUGAUCGCUAACAGCUACACGGAAUGGCUUGGAUCAGAUAGCGAAGAAAGUUCAUCCGAUGAUGACGAUGAUGAUGGCAGUAAUGACAGUUCCGAAGAAGAUGACGAUGAUAGUUCCGAAAUGGAUACUGAUUAGAUGUCAUCUCUGGCGGUUUUAUUGCUUACAUGUCAAUUGUUAAUAAAAUAUCAUCCGCAAGCCACAA